GUUCUAGGAAGUCCGAUCUCGAUCCUGAAUCAUGUCUCUCAUGAAACAGAACUUUAAAGACGAAAUUGGUGUUGCUUGAUAUUUCGUUUGUAUAUGUUAGAUGCCGAAAUUUAAUUUGCAUUUAUUUUUAUUCACAGUCACUUGAUUUAUAUAGAAAUAUUGCCACAUCGGGUUCAACAAUCAUUAGAACAUAACCCACGCUCGAUCACUCGAGGGGACAUCCGUCGAUCCGACAUCGGAAAUUCGUUACUUUAGGCCGGCACCGUCUCUGCGGUUUAAACUCUCCAGCCAUGGUGCUUGGUGAUGUUGGAGAAUUGUUUGAGAUGUUUAAGAACAGUUUUCCGUUUUCCUUCUUAUUUUUCAUCCCCAUUCUCAUUAUCCUCUCUCCCGUGAGUCCAGUUUCGGCAGCACACGAGUUCGCUGCCCUUCGCAUGCAGCAGUAUGAUCUUCAUGGUGUAAGCUAUGGUUGCAGAAGCUCCCCAGUGAAUAUGGAAGCUCGUCCAAUUGAUGCUAAGAUGAUCACCAGGCGCUGCAUUGUUGCCAGGUUACAGGAGGUGUCCAUUUCUAAAUACCGGGAUCUGAUACAGGAGAAUGUGGGAGCUCUUCUGGUGUUGUUGCCAUCUAAUCUUAGCUCCAUCUCCAAAGAGGACAAGCAGCUCUUGCAGAUUCUGGAGAAAGACUUGCUGACAGAGGAGACUACCAUGCCUGUGUAUUUUGCUUUAGAGACAGAGGAGCUGUCUUCAAUUUAUAAAGAAAUUCACAGAGGAAAUGUGGGAGAUCAAGCUGUCACUGCUGUUCAAGCCCUGAUGAGUGGUGCAACAGCAAAUGGUUUCCAGAUGGUUGUUGCAGGAUCCCAAGCCAAGAGUCUGGGAGAAUUUCAGAUCACAAACAUUCAGGGUCACUUGUCAGGAUAUGGCAUUGAGGAACAACUUCCCACUAUUGCAGUAGUGGCUCACUAUGAUUCCUUCGGAAUUGCCCCAGGCCUGGCUGACGGCGCUGAUUCUAAUGGUAGUGGAGUAAUAGCACUGCUGGAAUUAGCUCGUCUCUUCUCCAAGCUCUACACUAACUCAAGGACUCAUGCCAAGUUUAACAUGGUCUUCUUGCUGUCUGGGGGAGGUAAAUUUAAUUAUCAAGGAACAAAGAGGUGGAUUGAAGACAAUUUAGACUCGCAAGAUACAAACGUAUUGUCUGAUGUGUCCUAUGUGUUAUGCCUGGACAGCAUUGGUAAAUCAGAUGAACUCUAUCUUCACGUUUCAAAACCCCCUAAAGAAGAUUCGCCGGGCAGCCAAUUCCUCCAGAAUUUGCAAAAUGUAGUCAAGUCAUUUUAUCCCGGUGUAAAGUUUGAUAUGGUGCACAAGAAGAUCAAUUUAGCUGAGGAUCUUUUGUCAUGGGAACACGAAAGAUUCAGCAUUAAGCGUCUACCAGGAUUUACUCUAUCUCACUUCAGCUCACACAAAGACCCAGACAGAAACACCAUUCUGGACAAACGGGAAAGUGUCGAUUCGGUAAAGCUGAGCAGAAAUAUUGGCAUCAUUGCUGAGGCUCUUGCAAGAUUUGUUUACAAUGUCAGUAGCCAUGGCAACCUACAACUUUUCUCUGGAGGCCUGGGUGUCCAACAGGACCUAAUUGAGGCGUGGCUGGGACAACUGACAUCUCAACCUCGGGCCACACAGCUGAUUCCUAAAGACCACAGUCUACUCAGCAACCUAGAGGAAGCCAUGAGUCGCUACCUAAAGGACAUCAGACGAACAACGUUCAGGGCAGAUAAAAGAGAUCCAGAAUUCCAGUUCUAUGAUGGUGCUAAGUACACAAUGAGUGCAUACAAUGUGAAACCUGCCAUAUUUGACCUGUUCCUAGCCGUGGCUAUUGUUGGUUACCUGGCUGUCGUCUAUCUCGCUGUUCAGAAUUUCCACUUUUUCUAUGGUGCUAUGCAGAAACUGUCAAGUCCGAAAAAAGUAAAAGUGCAAUAGAUAGUAGAUGGAGUAUGUAAAAUGCUGUUCUCUGAAGAUUGCUGUGUCACCCUACUCAAUAAAACCUAGUUAGCAUUGUGAUAUGCUGAAUGAACAAUCCAAAGAUGUCUUUUUAUACUUCUUAAAUAAAUGUCAUUUUUUA